AUGACUUCCUCCGCCUUAUCAUCAACCGAUAAGCAACAAAACGGAAAAUUUGUACCAAAUGAUCAUAACGCACUACAGAAGCAUGUCUUCUUCUUUGAUAGGAAUCAAGAUGGCAUAGUUUAUCCCUGGGAGACAUUUCAAGGUUUUCGUUCAAUUGGUUGUGGUAUCUUGUUAUCUACUGCCAGCGCCUUUCUGAUCAAUAUGGCUCUCAGCCACAAAACUCGACCGGGGAAGUUUCCUUCUCUAUUGUUCCCUAUUGAGGUUAAGAACAUCCAGCGGGCCAAACAUGGGAGUGAUUCUGGUGUGUAUGACAGCGAAGGAAGGUUUGUUCCUGAAAAGUUUGAAGAAAUUUUCAGAAAACAUGCACGUUCACAUCCAAAUUCCUUAACAUCAGACGAACUGAUGGGAAUGCUCAAGGCUAACAGAGAACCUAAGGACUUCAGAGGAUGGGUUGCUGCCUAUACAGAAUGGAAGAUCCUAUACGAUCUUUGCAAGGACAAGAAUGGUUUGCUUCACGAAGAUAUAGUUAGAGCUGUCUAUGAUGGAAGCCUAUUUGAACGGAUGGAGAAGGAAAGAGCAUCAGCCAAAAAGAAAGCGUAA